AGUCCAGUACAGCGGAGGAUGUUAUUCAUUUUGAGAACAAUGUCUUCGAGUGUUGACAAUCUCCUUAGACACAUCCAUUGGGGUAAAAUUGCUGUUGAAGAGACUUUCGAUGUUUAUCAUGGUGGAUCCAAGCUCAAAAGCUCUUUUUGCGGAUUUGAAUACCAAAGAGAACAUAGUGGAGUCUCCAGCAUUAAAUCAUUCAAACAGCAUCCAACAUUGAAAUCUAAACUCCGUAUGCAGAAACUCGGAUUACCAGACACAUUGCAUUUUAUUUACCUCAAUGUCAAGGGCCACUCGGUCGUGGAAAUAGCCGCCAAGAACCUUGUGAAGAACCACAUUCAACCUUUCAACUUGAGUUACACGUUUCCUAGAAUCGUCAUGCUUCAAGAGCCAUUGUUAUGCGUUUUGCCUUUUUCAUCCUUACUUUCAUCAUCUUCUUCUCCAUCAUCAAGGUUUGAUAGUAAAAAAAAAAACAUGGGACACAGCUCGUCAAAUAUGGAGUUACGUUGGCUGAUUGAAGUGUCCGUUAUGGGCUUACUGCUUACGGUGACCACCAGUCAGAAAUAUCCGCAGCCAAAGUCGACCAGUUAUCCUAACGAACGCGCCCCGCUGGCAAAUAGAUACAAUUCCGACCGACCCAUUAUGACGACAGACGAUGACUAUCUUCCUGUGGCUGCCAUCGAGCCUGUCUACGGCACGAAUUCUCCCGGAGGAAACUACAACCAAUACAACAAUCCGGCCGGAGGAAGUGAUAAUGACAGCACUAAAUACCCAGCCAAGGAUUACCAUGUCCCGUUGAGCUAUUGCCCCGAAGUUGGCGGAUUGGAAUCGCAUUGCCGACCGGCCAAAUAUUGCGUGCCGACCGGCCAAAGAUUGCGCCGUGUGGUACAAUAUCGUUCGUACGAUUCCCGGAACUUCCUGCACGCUAGAAAACGGACAAGGCUGCUGUCCCAACAUGCCCUACAAUGGUCGACAUUUAGCAACGUUCAGUAAGCCGAGCUUGUGCCCGCAAGGCCUCCAGCCCGACCCUCAUCCUGACCGAAUCACCGAGAUCUCAGUGAAGGAAGCCGUCGAAUUGGGUGAACUGCAGAUCUCGCCCCGAAUUACGCCGACGUUGUCUGGAUGCCUCGACGAGCUACAAAUGGUGGACAACUUCCCCAGUCACAUUUGUUCAUUCACUUUGAUUGACGUCGAUUUUCAUGAUUACAUAAUUUGCUUUAUUUGUUUAGUCCCCGUUUUAGUCCAUCCUAUUUCAUUCUUCACCACUUACCUUGCUCGCUACUUUGUCUCGUAAACAGAUUUA